CAGACCUCAACAGUCUUCUCACCAUUUGAACCUAACAUCACCGUGGAUAUGUCUCUUUUGGUUUUCCUGCUGUGUUCAGGAUUAUUUCACUUUACCUUCACUUCAAACCGUCUACGAAUGUUUGACAUUCAUGGUCCUUAUAUCAAGUGGAGUGGCGCAUCCGACUAUUGUAUUAAGAAUAAUGAAUCACUUGUAACUCUGUAUGAUGAAGAAGACGGCAAUUUCACAGACAAGUUUCAGGAAUCAAAGACACUCUGGCUUGGCCUGCGUAAGAGUCGAAAUCUUACUUGGUCCAACGGUGACAAUGUCAACUUCAAUGAAUCAUCUGUAAUUUUGAAAAAAGGGAAGCAGAUGUGUGAAGCUAUUGACAACGACACAUGGACAGGUUAUACAUGUUCAGAGAAGAAACAUUUCAUGUGCUCCAAAGAUGGUAACUACACCCUGAUUGAACAAAAGGAGGACUGGUGUCAUGCUCUGAAAUACUGCAGAGCGCACAACAGUGACUUGGUCAGUAUCCAUAACGAAACGGAAAAUGGCUUAGUGCUUGAAAAGGGAAACAAGAGCAGCUUCUGGAUAGGACUCAUGCAAGAUGAAUGGAAGUGGGAGGACAACGGCUGCUCUUCAUUCAGAAAGUGGAUUAAGCCACUCACUCGAGAUUCAGACGAAGAAGAAGAAGAAGAAUGCACAAACAACAAACAUGAAACAAUUGAGGAAGUUGGUUGUGAUCAACCUAAACAAACCUUUUGCUCCAAAGGUGACAUGAGAAUCAAAGUGAUCAAUGAGAGUUUGAAAUGGGAAGAAGCCUUUAAAUACUGCGAGACCAAUCACUCAGGCCUGCUGUGGAUUGAGGACAAGGAAGAUCAGGAUGCUGUCGAACAAUGGCUCAAAUACAGCGAUGUGGUUGGUCCGUUCUGGAUCGCCCUGAGGCAGAGUCAUGUCUUUGGGUUCUGGAUCUGGAGAGACAGUGCAGUGUCUUACAAUAACUGGAAGAAUGGAUUCGUGCCUGUGCCUCCUUCCUCACACAUAUGUGGUGUCAUCAACCGGACGGACAACUACACGUGGACGGAUGAAAACUGUGUGCUUGAGCAUCCUUUUCUUUGUGAGGAGGAGAUUGUAUACAUGAAUCACAAUGAAUAAACUGACUUUAAUUAGAUGUAUUAUGUCAAUAGAUUCCACAGAACUGUAUUUAGGUUAGUUGAAGGCAAUACAAUAAAGUUUAAAUAGGUUCAACUUGAUAUUACCGCUUUCAACUAACCGAAUAGAGUUCAGUGAUAUUUGUUGACAUAAAACAUUUAAUUAAAGUCAACGUUUCUGUUUGUUCAGGGCAGCAACAUCUCCCCGAAAAGGUCCCUUUAAUACUCUGAUUAUGUAUUGAUGUUUUUCUUGAAUUCAGCUGGUAAAAUAAAAAUACAUCUCUUAAGUUUUAGUUUGUAACAUAACAUUGUAGUUUGAUAUGUGUGUAGUUAAUAGACAUUGAUGAUGUGUUCUUAAUGAUGCCUUGUUAUCAACAGGAGUGGAAAUGAAUUCAUUAUUUUGUUCAUGUUGAGAUGUUUGUGAAGUAACUCAAUCAAUUGAAUCAAUUCAUUUUGUAUGUGUGUGUAUGUGAUGCUCCACCCCCUGACCCCUGACCCACAAGUAAUACUUGAAAACAUAUGUAUCUACAUUAAAUCAAGAAAAUGUGCUUUUAAGUCUUUGAUUUCUUAGUGUAGUUUGAUGCAGUUUUUUGGUUG